AUGGAGAGUGCUUACAGUUUACGUACGCAGUUUGAGUUUAAUUUCCUCCUCACAUCUGCCACAAGGGCUUUAGUUCAACCCGCUAUCUUCGCGUACGUACAGGCGUACGUUAAAAGAUAUUUUUCUGGAUCGAAUUUGAAGACUUUCAGACCGAACAAACCAGCAACCGAAAUGACCGAAUCCUGGAAUACAUUCGCGUCUAACACAUCUCUCCACGGACUUCGGCACGUAUUCGGCGUAUCUUCGUGGUUCCGUCGUAUCUUUUGGAUCCUGUGUAUGCUCGCUGCUAUUUUGUUCUACAUUUAUAUUCUGAGUUCAAACAUUCGGAAAUACAAGUCUUUGCCUAUCGAUACUCGCACCUCGUACGAGUUUAACAAAAACGGCAUUCCUUUUCCGGCGGUCACUAUUUGUAAUCUCAAUCACUUCGACAAAUUCAAGCUUGAUCUUGGCUACGAAGACAAGAGAUUUAAAACGCAGGGCCUCGAUAUUUCUGCCUGCGAUAUUGCACAUAAUAUCAGCGGUAACCUCACCUGUGGACAUGCGCUAUUAUGUGCUACUUUUGAAUACGCCAGAUCUAUUAUGAAAAACUGUACGACUGAGAUACGUGACGCCUUGAAAGAAGCUUUGGAAACGUCACGAAGUUUUGAUCGAGAGGAAUUUGUGUCUCGGUUUGGGAAUGAGAUUGAAUCUAUGCUUGUUGGCCCGUGCAUGUUUUCUUUCUCCGAAAACUGCAGCGCCAAAGAUUUUGUACCCAUUAUAUCUAAAGCCGGACUGUGUCACACGUUUAAUAAUCAUAUGCACGAGAAGAAUAAACAUUUACAUUUGGCGGGAGCUGAGACAGGACUGAGGAUAAUAUUGGAUACUAAAGGGUCUUGGAGAACUAUCGGGGGAAGAUCUGUUGGAUUUGAUGUCAUUAUUCAUAACCCAAGCCCUGUUCUUCCUUGGUCUCAAGGGUUCCAUGUUCAGCCAGGCACAAACGUCAAAGUUUUGAUUCAAGCUACAAAGUACAUUCGCUUACCGAAGCCGUACAAAUCUGCUUGCUCAAGAAAACAUCUUGGUGACUAUGGAAACUACACAAGGGAGCAUUGUAUUUUGAAGUGUGCCAACGACGCCAUUACGCAGGAUUGUGGGUGCAGACUCUUGGGAUCGCCAGUGUCCAAAGAAGUUCCGGUUUGCAGUUUCAAGGCGGAAAAAUGUAGCCAUGAGGUCUUAGAAAAAUGGAGCCAAGGAAGCUGUUCGUGUCAGUUACCGUGUGAAGAGAUAACAUAUCAAUCCUCGACAACCUACUCCAAGUAUCCAUCUGAGACGCUGCUACACGUGCUGAAGGAUCGCUUCAACCUCAAUGAAAGUGAAACAUAUCUCAAGAGUAACCUGGUAAAUCUUCGGAUUGGUUUUGCUGAUAACACGCACCAAGUAUUCACGGAAUAUCCCAGCUAUGACGGAGAGAGCCUCUUUGCUGACUUGGGAGGUAGCAUGGGUCUAUUGCUUGGCUGUAGUAUCCUGACACUUGUCGAGUUUCUCGACUACUUAUGCAUGAAGAUCUACGCUUUUCUGUGCUCUAGAAACACAAGAACGGCAGCUGAACAGAACGAAUAAACUCGUCCUAAAAGCGUAAGGCUUCACAUUUCA